AUGUCGGUGUACACGGCGGAUGAGGAGUUCGAACAUGUCCAGCUGUUUUUCCUGCUGCCGCAAGAACUUCGACAGCACUCGCAUUUCGUCGUCAUUGGCCUGAUCUGUCUGAUUGUGGCUGUGAAUGCGCUCGUGGCCGUGCUUCUCAUCGUUUUCUCGAUUAUGAAACGAAGUUCCGUGCCUUGUGAGUGGAAAUUUUGGAUUUUAUGGUUAUGCUUAGCCUAUACUUAGCAUUUUAUUUGGUCACUGAUCGUAUUUUACUUUCAAUUUUAGCUGAAGAGUACCUCAAGAAGCUCGAGGAACGCGGCAAAGAGGAGGAUGCGGAGAGGCUGAAGAAGUUCCGUAAAGGCAAACUCAAAAAGGAUGAGAUCCAUAUCAGGCAGGAUGUAAGUAGAUGCUCCUUUAUACAGUAAGGGAACUGAUCCAGUGGCAAAAAACACGUACUAUUUUGCAUCCGGGAAGUAUCAAAAAGUGGCAAAAUGCUUCCCUUUCUAAGUGAAAAAACUCCGACUUCAAAAGCGCGCCCUUCAAAACGAAAUUUUUUCGCUUGAAGAGGGAAGCAUUUUGCCACAUUUUUGAUACUUCCCGGACACAAAAUGGUACGUUUUUUGUCACUGGAUGAGGUCCCCCAAUGAAUUAGAAAUCCAAGUAUCACUUUGGAUAAUCAAAUUGCUUUUUAUGUCAGCGAAAUAAUCAGCGACAGUGUGCUCAUUAUUUUCCCGACAGCCUGAUACAACAAGAGGAAGGCGAAAUUUUACAUAUAGUGAUCAACAAAACUUUCUUUCUACCUCGUAUCUCCAGAUUCAAUAAGCGUAGUAACCCAAAAUGUCCUAUCGGUCUGUCGGGAAAAUAAUGCGGAUUCGUCGAGAUCUGGGCCGAGACUGCGACGAAGCGUGAAAUUUUGCCCCGACAAAUCCACAUUAUUUUCCCGACAGACUGAUAAAUAUCACUUAUAGCCUCUCAGCAGUCUGUCGGGAAAAUAAUAAGCACAAUGUCGCCGCGCCGAUUGUGCCGUUGAAGUGAAAAGCAAUUCGAUUUUGACGCGAGAUAACUCAUUUUGCGACGCGAUUUUCAAUGCGACAGUUUGCUCAUUAUUUUCCCGACGGAUUUAUACACCUUUCGUUAUUACUUUUGUUUCAGAUCAGAGAGUUCGUCUCGGACGGAGAAGCUCAACCGGACGUCGAAACUAAGGCAAUGGAGCCGGAUACGACAUCGAAUGUUGCGCAGUCGGAAAAUCAAUCAAAUCUUCCCUCUGCUAACAAUUGAAUUUUAAGAGUUCUGGAUUGACCUGAAUAAAUUUUGCGUUUGAAUUCUUCUCCUGUUAGCCCUUGGAACAGCCUUUUGUUCUGGUCGGCAUUUAUGCAAGCUCGACGCUGUGUAACCUCCUGCGAUCUAAGAGAUCAAUCUUAUAAUUAGCCCUCAAAGGGAGGAACGGGUCAUAAACAAAAAGAAUAAAAGCAUUAGGAGAAUUUUUUUGGUGUCGGUCUGUUGGGAAAAUAGUGAGCACAAUGUCGCGUCCGUAAUCGCAUCGCCUUCGGGAUUGAGUAGCGGCAAAAUCAAAUUGUUUCUUGCUACAGCGAUGUGACUGGCGCAACGACAUUAUUUUUCCGACAGACUGCGGUUAUUAUCUCUCGGCCAAUUUUGGGUUGUAACCAGAGAUUGCCAUGGCUCCGGAGCCGGCUCUUGGCUCCGGCUCUGAGCGGCUCCGGCUCCGAGCCGGGAGCCAGAGCCGGAGCCGGAAAUUUGGGGGUCGGCUCCGGCUCCCGAGCCCAAAGUCGGACCCAGGCUUCCCAGCGUUCAGAAAAGUAA